UUAUUAGAGGACUAUAUUUCUCCUUCUCCCACUACCACUCCAUUUAUUCCCUCCCUCUUCUUCUCCACUCAACUCUUCCAUCUCUCAAAGAAAAGUCCAAUGGACUCUCUGACCCUCUUCUGUACUGGUGCUCUCCUUGCCGGUGGGCUCUACUGGUUCGUCUGCAUUCUCGGCCCAGCCGAGCGACAAGGCAAGCGGGCCGCAGAUCUCUCCGGCGGCUCCAUCUCUGCCGAAAAAGUCCAAGACAGUUACAACCAGUACUGGUCUUUCUUCCGUCGCCCUAAACAGAUCGAAGAAUCCGAGAAAGUCCCGGACUUCGUCGACACCUUUUACAACCUUGUCACCGAUAUUUACGAGUGGGGUUGGGGCCAGUCCUUCCACUUCUCCCCCUCGGUCGCCGGAAAAUCCCACAAGGAUGCCACGCGCCUCCACGAGGAGAUGGCCGUCGAUCUCAUUAACGUCAAACCCGGAGACCGAAUCCUCGACGUCGGAUGCGGCGUUGGCGGGCCGAUGCGCGCGAUUGCAGCCCACUCUCGCGCGAACGUCGUGGGGAUCACAAUCAACGAGUACCAGGUGAAGAGGGCGCGUCUGCACAACAAGAAGGCCGGGCUCGACUCCCUCUGCGAAGUCGUGUGCGGUAACUUUCUGGAGAUGCCGUUCCCGGAGAACAGCUUCGACGGCGCGUACUCGAUCGAGGCGACGUGCCACGCGCCGAAGCUGGAGGAGGUGUACGCCGAGAUCUUCAGGGUUCUGAAGCCUGGAGCGCUGUACGUUUCGUACGAGUGGGUGACGACAGACAAGUACAACGGUGACGAUGCGGAACACAGGGAGGUGAUUCAGGGGAUCGAGAGAGGCGACGCCUUGCCGGGGCUGAGGACCCACGUGGACAUCGCCGAGGCGGCGAAGAAGGUAGGGUUUGAAGUGGUGAAGGAGAAGGAUCUGGCAAAGCCGCCGAGCGAGCCGUGGUGGACUAGGUUGAAGAUGGGCAGGAUCGCCUACUGGCGCAACCACAUUCUAGUUACCGUGCUCUCCUUCUUGGGAAUUGCACCAAAAGGAACGGUGGAUGUUCACGAGAUGCUGUUUGUCACCGCUGACUAUUUGACUAGAGGCGGAGAGACCGGAAUCUUCACUCCGAUGCAUAUGAUCCUCUGCCGGAAGCCGGAAUAAUCUUCUUGUGAUGGUGUCACCGGUCCAACCCCCUGUUAUUUUAGUCCCUUUUUAUUAUUGUUUUCGGUUUUAAUCGUCUUCGGUGGACUCUUUUUUUUCUUUUUCUUUUUUUCCUUUUCUCUUUUUGUUAUUUUGACCGUCUAAUUUAUUGCCCCUCAUGUAUUUCUUUUUGAAUUUCGUGAUUAGGAUCUUCGCUUUCUUCACAUUCUAAUGUUCUGGGAGUAAUAAUGUAAUAUUUUGGUAGUUUUGUGUC